AUGUCAUCCUCACUACUCCGGAACUCAACCAGACUGCUCCACACCACAAGCACACGGUACAACCAUCCCCAACUCAUCCAAGCGGCCAAGAAUCUCCUAAUCAGUCUCGAACAAAAUACAGCAUCAGCAUCAGUAUCUUCAUCAUCAUUACCAUCGAAGUAUGAACUCAUCAAGAAACAGAAAGCCACCCAACCCCUCAGAUUGGCUGUAGAAAAAUUUGACGAACUGUCUUCCCUUGCUUGUGAGCUCAAAACAAUCUCAGAAAACGAUCCAGAUGAGGAUAUGAGAGAAAUAGCGAAUACGGAACUUCGGACGGUUGAAGAGCGGGUGCCUAUGACGAUCGAGCGAGUCCGAGAGAGUCUGAUCGAAGUGAGUCGACCGCGGCCGGAGUCGUACGACCAGUCGGCAUUAGUGGAAAUCAAGCCGGGAGUCGGCGGGGUCGAGGCGUCCCACUUUGCGACGAUGUUGAUGAAUCUUUACAGUCGUCUGGCCACCCGGAAACGCUGGCACGUCAAGCCGGUCAGUGUCGAGUACAUGACCAGUGGACAGGGCCAGGACGGACUCAGAGAGGCAGUCCUCGAAAUCGAGGGGCAUGCUGCCUACGGCUCUCUUCGGUGGGAAGCCGGCGUCCAUCGGGUCCAGCGGGUCCCCGUCAUGCAAAAUACUGCCUCUAUCCACACUAGUACCGCCUCCGUCAUCGUCUUGCCUCUUAAUCCGGCCGGAUCAGAGGAAAACCCAGAAGAAAAUUUGUUCGAGGAAAAGGAUAUAAGGUUAGAGACGAUGCGAUCGCAAGGCGCCGGAGGACAGCACGUCAACAAGACCGAAUCGGCGGUUAGAUUGACCCAUAUCCCUACAGGAACAGUAGUCUCGAUGCAAGACUCACGCUCCCAACACCAAAAUCGUGAACGGGCUUACAUGAUCUUACGGGCGCGUCUACUGGACCUAAAACUGCGGCAAAAAGUGAUCGAGAAUCGCGAAUCGCGUCUUUCCCAAGUCAAGAAUACCAACCGAUCGGAAAAGAUCAGGACAUACAACUUCCAACAAGGACGAGUGACAGAUCAUCGAAUCGGAUUGACAUUACCACGCUUGAAUGAUGUUAUUGAUGGUGGUGAAACAUUGGAUAUCAUUUGGGACGGCUUAGAGAAAGAUGAAGAAUCAACCAUUAUCCAAUCUAUCUGCGCGGCUAAUCCCUCUAGCCACCCAAAAUAA